GCAUUUAAGUUGUGCAGAGACUCGGAAAGCGUGACGAAGUGAUUAUCAUGAUGAAGGGAAUGUAAUCAGUCCCGCCAAACCAGUUCAUAUAAAUCUCUCUCUCUCUCUUUUUUUUUUUUUUUUCCUCUUUUUUACUAUUAAUUCUCCAUUUUUCAUUUUUCGAUCAAACCACGAGGUUUUUCUUUGUUGAUUCUUGGUUGGGUUUAUAGGGGGAAGAAGACGAAGAACCGGAAUCGGACGCCUUUUUUCUUUUCCAUUUUUACUCUUCUUUUCUGUAUAAUCAUGGAAUAAUACAUGUACGAAGCAAAAUAGAUGAUGCUUUGUGCUUCACUGAGGGAUCGAAUACAGCCUUGGCUUCGCGACUAUGACAGGCUACAAUAUCUCGCCGUCGUCCUCAUUUACAUUCAAAUUGGGUGCGCGUUGGUUGGAUCGCUAGGGGCAUUGUACAAUGGCGUCCUGUUGAUUAACUUGGCCAUUGCUUUGUUCGCUCUCGUUGCCAUCGAGAGCAGCAGUCAGAGCCUCGGCCGCACCUACGCUGUUCUUCUUUUCUGCGCCAUUCUCCUCGACAUUUCUUGGUUUAUUCUAUUCUCUCGUGAUAUUUGGACCAUUUCUUCCGAGACUUAUGGAAUAUAUUUUAUUUUUUCCGUAAAGCUCACACUGGCAAUGCAGAUUGCUGGCUUUUCCGUGAGGUUGUCAUCCUCACUCUUAUGGAUUCAGAUUUACAGGCUGGGGGUUUCUUAUGUAGAUGCUACAGCACCACGGGAAGCAGAUUUUGAUUUAAGAAACAGUUUCUUAAGUCCUUCAACUCCUGCUGUAGUUAGACAAUGCUCGGGAUCUGAUGAUGUUUUAGGCGGCUCUAUAUAUGAUCCAGCCUAUUACUCAUCUCUCUUCGAAGAAGGUCAAGACAAUAGAAAUUCACCCGGGAUAAAAAAGAGGGAAGGGGUGUUCCAGAAAACAAAUAUGAAUGCAAAUCGAUGUACUGAAAUUUGAGUAGGUUUUUAACUGAAUGGAUUGUACUUGUGAAUUGAAAAUAGAUCUGAACAUUGAAAUUUUUCUGGAAAUCUGUUAGUGAUAUGGACCAAUUGGAAUACAUUACUUGCGGAUAUGAUUUUGGGGCCCUAUUUUUAAUAUUGCCUUGCAAUUGAGUUGUUGGGAUAGCUUUGCUGAUGAAUAGACGUCUCUUUGCCAUUUUUUCCUUUCAUUACUAAACAGUCCUCCCAAUAGAAUGUUAUGUGCAGAUUUUCUCAAAAGGUUUUGUCUUCCUUACACUUCAUGGAAAUAAUGACCUAAUGUAACUGAGCUAAGCUUAAGUACUUAUGGGAGUUACCAUAUUUGAGACAUUCAAGGGCUUUAUAAGUAUUUUCCAUUAAUUGAAGAAUCAUGUGCUAGCUCCUCUCAGAAUGGAUAUUAGGUCUUAUCACAUGCUAUAUUGUGUUGUUGUCAGUUAAUUGUGAAAAGUUACUAUGCUCUAAGCUUGGGAAGACAUUUACAACUCAUAGCAUCAUUAUGUUAAGUCAAUAUUUUUGGAGUAGAUAUCUACAGCCAGGAACUUAUGCCAUAAUUUAAACUAAUUAACCUAUGCUAAACUGUUGUUAUGUUACUACUAUAUUACUGUGCAAGUGCCAUCUGAUUUCUAUUUAUUUCUUUUUGU